GUGUGUCAGGGUGGCCAAAGGGAAGUGUACCGCUGAGGGAUUCCGUGCAGGGGCCAUCUUUUUCUCAGUUGUCUGAACUCCCAUAAAAAAACCUGGCCCCAUGAUUUGUAAAGUCUGAUAUCUUCUUGGCAUUUUGGAGAAACUCUCCUAGGAGAGACCUGUGGUCAGCCAAGAACAGGUAACUGAGAGGAAUGGCAGAGAGUAUUUAUUCCUGGUGCCUGUGGCCAUGAGUCUGAGAAGUUUCCAGAUGCCUUCAUCUCUGUAAGAAGAACAUAAAAAAUCUACUUUCGGGACCUUACUGUGUGUCAUACUGUUGUCUGCUCUGAGAAAGAUGGUGGGUUCCCUGGACUUCUCUGAGCUAAGAGACCUCUUCUCUAUCCUACUUCUCCAGGUGUCCAUGUGGGGCUCAGAUUCAUUCUUGGUCAUUGGUCCAUCAGAGCCAAUUGUUGCCAUGCUGGGUACAGACACAGUGCUGCCCUGCCGUGUGUCCCCGGCCAUGAAUGUGGAGAGCAUGGAGCUGAGGUGGUUCCGCUCCCAGUUCUCAGAGGCUGUGUAUGUGUAUAAGGAUGGAAUGGAGCAGGCGGGAGAACAGCUGGUAGAUUUCAAAGGGAGAGCAGAGUUGGUGAAAGAUUACAUCACCGAGGGAAGAGUCGCUGUGAGAAUCUAUGGUCUCCGGAUCUCAGACAAUGGAAUAUACAAGUGUUUUUUUCAAAAAGGCAGUGACUAUGAAGAAGCCACUUUGGAGCUGAAGGUGAUCGGCCUGGGUUCUGGUCCUCGUGUUUUUAUGGUAGGUCCAGAAGAUAAAGGAAUAAAGCUGACAUGCACAGGCAAGGGGUGGUUUCCCCAACCUGAGGUACAAUGGACAGAUGCAAGAGGAGAGAAGAUACCAUCUCUCUCUGAGGAUGAGAACCAAGACGAUGAUGGGUUGUUUCAAAUAGAGGCAUCUCUCAUUGUGAGAGACAGUUCAAAGACAGAAGUGUCUUGUUCCAUGAAGAACCCCUUCUUUGGACAAGAGCAGGUGGAAACCAUUUCUAUUCCAGAAUCUUUCUUCCCUAGGACCUCUCCUUGGAAGGGAGCAUUUGCUGUGACUUUCCUCUUACUUGGGAUUUUCCUCAGUGCUGUUGUGUUUUUGGCCUUGAAAGAACGACAGGAGAAGAAAAGAGUACAGGAAGUUCAGAAGGAAAAAGAGAAAGAAAGUGAAGCCAAAGAGCUUCUUAAAAAAGAACUUGGUUGUUGUUCCAUUUCAGACAGAAGGAAGCAGUUAUAUCAACGAGACUGGAGAAAAGCAAAAUUGUAUGCUGACUGGAGAAAGGAACAAUUCAAAGCAGUUGCUGUUACUCUGGAUCAAGACAAUGCUCAUAAAAGUCUCAUCAUAUCUGAGAAUAGAAAACAAGUUUCUUCAAAGGGAAAUGUUCCUCAGGACGGUGAUGCCUCAGUAUACCAAGGACAAGAGGAAUCUGAAGCUGUCUUCAGUGUUCUGGGCCAGAAUUCCUUUGAAACAGGGAGAUAUUACUGGGAGGUAGAAGUCAAUAUUGGGACAGAAGCUGUACCUGAAACUAAAUGGGCUGUGGGUGUUUGUUUAAAUUCAGUAACAAGAAAGGGGUGGUUUGUAGAAAGUCCAGAGAAGGGUUUCUGGGUGUUAGCAUACAAGGAAGGAGAAUUCAAGGUUCCCAUCACCUCAGAGUCACUGUCACCAAGACAGCAUCAUCAAAGGAUAGGAGUUUUCUUGGACCAGGAAGACGGAGAUUUGUCAUUUUACAACAUGCUUGAUGGGUCUCACAUCUUUUCUUUUAUUGGAGUCACCUUACAUAAGACCCUGCAUCCUUAUUUUAGCCUUCAGGGUGCUGGCACAUCUGUGACCAUCUGCUCAACUUCAGAUGACACUGAAAAUUGUCCUGAUUCUUCUCCAAAUACCUCUGUAACUCAUUUAAGGAGUGGUGACAUGGGUGUCCCCCAAGAAGCUAACCGUCUAUUACCUGCAUAAAGUGAAGUGUCAGCACCUCUGCUGCUUUUGCUCAGGCUUCUUAUUGGUAUGUUCUCCAAGAAAGCUGUUCUUGUGUGGAGAGUAGGUCAGCUUCACUAGGUGUGAUUUCAGCCCCUUUCAGAGAGGCAAAGGCAGAAAGAGAAAUGGGACUACUGAAAAAUAAUUGGGGGAAUUUCCUCUUGUGUUAUUUUUGGGGAAAUACAGUGUCUUUUUGAGCAGCAACAAUUUGUCAUAAGAAAAUUCCAAAAAAAUGCAUGGCCUCUCUUCUGUUCUGGUACUGUGUAUUGAAGUAAAUAUUUUUAAAACUACAUUAAAAAGAAAAAUCUCUCUUCCUGUUA